CACGUUUAGAGGCUGAUAGGGAAGAAUGAGGAAACUGGGAAAUUCCGAGUUCAGUGGGAAUCGAGGCAGACCAAGUGGAGGAAAGCAUGGCUGUGGGAAGAAUCUUGCUGCAUUCCCUGUUGACGGCGGCUUUAACACUCGCAGUUUUUGGAAAGCUACCUUCACCGCAGGAUGUGAAAAUGCAUUCCAUCAAUUUUAAGAGUAUACUCCAAUGGAGCCCAGUUACUUAUCACAAAGGAAAUGUUCAUUAUUCAGUUGAAUAUCAAAGCUACUACAACAAUCAGUAUAAACAAGAGCCUCUUGAGAAAGGCUGCACAAACAUCAGCAUCACAGAAUGUGACUUGUCGAAUGAACUAGCCACCAUGAUUGGUUAUUACCUGCGUGUAAGGGCUGAAUACAAAGACGAGACAUCUGAGUGGACCAAUGUCACAGACUUUGAACCUUAUGAUGACACUGAAAUUGGACCUCCUAUAGCAGUGAUUGUGAAGCCAAGGUUGGAUAUGCUCGAUAUCCACAUCUCUGAGCCUGUAAAUGAAAAUGACAAUAAAUCUAUGCAUGAAUAUUUUACAGACUUGGGUUAUAAAGUGUUCUACUGGGAAGAUGCAGAGGAAAAAAAGAUUGAAAAUACUUACAUCCAGCAGAAGAUGAUAACCCUCACUAAUCUGAAACCUUGGACCACCUAUUGCUUGAAAGUUAAACCCGUCUUGGGUAACAGAAUAACGCAUUCGAGUUCAGUUACCUGUGAAACUACAAAGGACAAUGGUAGAUUUGCAGUGUGGAAGAUCGUUGUGAGUUUCCUUGCAUCAUUUUUUGUUGUCUUUCUUGUGAUCAUUGGCAUUUUCCAUGCAUCACUUCAUGGAUACAGAACCAUCAGAUAUAUUUUCUUUCCUUCCUUCAAACUUCCUGAACACAUAAAAGAGUACCUGAAAGAACCUUCGUUGCAUUCUCCGUUCCUGCCACCUCAGACUCAAAACCUGCCUGAAGAAUGUUUUGACAAAUUAAAUUUUAUUUCAGAUGUACAAGAAUGUUUUGACAAUACAGAUGUUGACGGUACUACAAAAUUGGAUAUGCUUGAGGUUUACACCUUAAAGAAAGAAAAUGAAGACAAAGAGAAACAGGCACAAAAUAAUAACACCAAUCUCUAUGCAAGAGUGCAAACACUACCAAAGAGUGCUCUGUGAGUAAGUUAAAGCUGGAGAAGUAUCUGGAGGAGAUGACACCAACCUAUUAUCCUCUAUUGCUAGUAAUAUCAAAAAUACAUAGGAUGAAACUCUAAUUCCAACACCACCAGAAAGUGAUAUAUUUAUUUUUUUCCCAAGAAGAUUUUGAGAGGGUUUUUGGUGAAUUCUUUGUUGCAAUUGUUAAACUUCCCUCCUUUAUCAAGGGAUAUUUACUGUUGUGAAUAUUAACUGAGAUUUAACUUAAUUUUAAAUAAAACUGGAAACUUUAUAAAGACAAGAGAAAAGAAAAAAAUGAACAAUAAAUAUAUUGCAAUUCUUAUACCUGUGCAAUAUCUCUAUCAAUUACUCCACUACAAGUUAAGUCUACAUUUAUAAUGCAAACUGCCUAUGAAAACUUGACUUGCUAUAAAUAUACCUUUUCUAACAAAUGGAGGCACUACAAGCCAUAAAGUGCAAUUGCAGUGUGUUAAGUUUAUGCAGGAAGUUUUAUCAUAGAUAUCAUAGAUAUGAAGCAAAAAUUUAUAGUGGAAAAUUAGAUUAAGAAUAGAAGGUAUGGAUUUUAAAUGCAGAAAUUAAGUGCAUAGAAGUUACAAUGCAGAAGUAUUUCAGCCAAGUUUGCUGUUUAGCCAUUUGUCAAGUAAAUAUUCUGGAUAACAUUUAUUCGCAUGGUUUCUCUAUCCUUUUAUCCAUGUUUCCUUCAUCCAAUGAUUCAAGCUGGAAUGUUAACUGUUUGCUUCAAUAGAUGAAUUCCACAUCUUUUUGCACAGAGUGGUUUUUCCUGCUCUCUGAACUAAUUUUGCCACUUUUAAUCUUCUAUCUAUGCUCCCUUGCUUCAGACCUCUCAUCUACUGGAAAUUGUCUGUGCUUAUCAAUGCUGUCUACUACUUUUAUCACUUUAUUCUGUAUUCCGUUAUUGUUUUUACCCUGUACUAUCUCAAUGCACUGUGUAAUGAAUUGAUCUGUACGAACAGUAUGCAAGACAAGUUUUUCACUGUACAAGUGACAAUAAUAAACCAAUACCAAUAUUCUGUGCUCUUGUCUGAUAAAAAUUGUCUGUUAAAUGUGCACCCUUGCCCAAUUC